GACUUCUGAUCCGCUGUCCUGUGACGUGAGCUGACCCCGGGAUUUUUUGUGUGUUGGGGAGCGAGGGGUCGGGGUUGGGGGAGACCAAAGGUAUUUCGUCUCCUUUGCUGCCAGGCCCGGAGCGUGUUGGGAGGCACAUAGGGCACGGGAGAAUGACACAGAUGCAGGCGUGGGGCGAAGUUGAGAACGCGGCCGGCUUGUAGCACAGGAGGCUAAGGAUCAGGCAGUGUGGGUUUUAAUAAGUGAAUAUAUCGUUUGUGGUUCACGAAUGAUACCUCUGGAAUCCAGCCUAAGGAAUGUCCAAAAUAAAGAAAAUGCUUUCUGUGCAACGACAUGUAUCACAGCCUUAUUUAUGACAGGAUAAAGUCAGUUACAAACAGAUAACCUUUACUAGCAAGGAUGGAUUUGGGAAAAGGAAAACUGCUUAGGACUGGACUGAACUCAUUGUAUCAAGCAAUCCACCCAACCCAUGGCCUUGCCUGGACUGAUGGGAAUCAGGUAGUCCUGACUGAUUUGCAGCUUCAUAGUGGAGAGGCCAAGUUUGGGGACUCCAAAGUCAUUGGACAGUUUGAACAUGUCUGCGGGCUUUCCUGGGCCCCACCCAACACAGCUAACAUGCCUGCCCUGCUUGCUGUCCAACACAAGAAGCAUAUUGCUGUGUGGCAGCUAUGUCCCAGAACUUUGGGGUCAAGCAAAUGGCAGAUGUCUCAGACCUCUCAAAUCAGGGAAACACUGCCUGUCCUUCCCCAGGGCUGUGUGUGGCACCCAAAAAGCACUGUCCUGUCUGUGCUGACUGCACAGGAUGUUUCCAUUUUUCCUGAUGUUCACUGUGACAGUUCACGAGUAAAAGUGGACAUCAACACCAAGGGCCGCAUUUACUGUGCAUGUUGGACCCUGGAUGGCCAGAGACUGGUGGUGGCAAUAGAGAGCAGCCUUCAUUCUUACAUUUGGGACAGUGCUCAGAAGACUCUUCACAAGUGCUCCUUCUGCCCGGUGUUCGAUGUGGAUCGCUCCAUCCGUUCCAUCACAGCUACUGUGGACUCACAGGUUGCUAUAGCCACUGAGCUCCCACUAGAUAAGAUUUGUAGCUUAAAUGCUUCUGAAACCUUUGAUGUCCCAUCUAAUGGUGAAGAUGCCAGUGUGCAUACUCUUCCUGAGAUUGUUGCAGUACCCUUAAUGAAUAAGCCAGUAGCUGCUUCUGAAAUGAAUUCUGGAAUGAUAGUUUCUCCUUCCUUUUCAGAUCCUCUAGAUCUAACUCAUAUACAUUUUAACCAGUCUAGGGCAGAGGAGAGCUCUCUGUUUUGCCUAAGAAAAAAGGACUACUUGACGGGAACUGGCCAGGAUUCUUCACAUUUGGUCUUUGUAACCUUUAAAAAAGCAGUUACUGUGACCAGAAAGGUUGCCAUUCCGGGCAUUCUGGUUCCUGAUCUAAUAGCAUUUAAUCUUAAAGCACAGCUGGUAGCAGUGGCCUCCAAUACUUGUAAUGUAAUUUUGAUCUAUUCUGCCAUUCCAUCUUCUAUGCCAAAGAUCCAGCAAAUUCAGUUAGAAAGUAACGAAAGACCAAAAGGCAUAUGUUUCUUGACAGACAGAUUAUUAUUAAUUUCCGUGGGAAAGCAAAAGUUCACCGAAACAGCAUUUCUUCCUUCCUCAGAAUCUGAUCAGUACAACGUUCGCCUGAUUGUUCGAGAAGUAAUGUUGGGAGAAGAAUCUUCCAUAACGCCUAUUGAAAGCCAAAGUGCUUCCUCUGCCUUCAGUGCUCUACUAAAUAAAGCAGAUAGAGAAAGGUUCACUGAAAGUCUUUCCCCAGGUUUUAGUACCCUAAACAGAGGGUCAUUGUUAAGAGCUCAUAGCAGUAGUCAGAGUGGGAGGUCUGGAAGAGCCCUUAUUCAAGAAAUUACAAGUCCUUUGUCCACUAUCUCUGGUGGUUCCAUUACCCAGGAAACUCUUCACAGGCCUUCCUGGGUUUGGACAACAUUGCCCAGACCCAGCAAAAUGCCAGACCACACCAGCACACCAGAACCUAAUUUAUCUCAAAGGGAGAACUUAGAAAAAGGAAAGGAAACUUCCCAGCAAUCUAAGGAGUUGGAAAUCCUAUCUAGGAAUCUGAUCGAAAUGCAGCAGUAUCUUUUUGAACUCAUGGAUUUUCUACACAAUGAGAAGAGAUUCUCUCCAAUGUAUCCACUUUCUCAGGAUCCUCCUUAUGUUCACCUCAUUUACCAGAAACCUUGUUAUGAAGGUCCUGUUGAAAAAAGAGCCGUGCUUCUCUGCAAUGGCAAACUAAAACUUGGCACAGUUCAGCAGUUGUUUGGCCUCCGUCUCGUUGAAAUGCUGCAUGAUUCCCACUGGAUCCUUCUCUCUGCUGACAGCCAAGGUUUCAUCCCAUUAACUUUCACAGCCACUCAGGCAGUUGUGGUGAGAGAUGGCAGCCUGCCCAGGUCAGAGGUCUCUAGGAACUCUCUUUCUCACAGCCAGGACCCUAUUCCUCCACCUGAAGUCUUUGGAGAUCUUGCCACCGAGAGUUUAGAUACAACUGGUUGUUCUAACAGUUUCAAUGGUGUGGCCUGAUAACUGUUUGCGGAGUACUUGCUAUGCCAUCUUUCCCUUUGGCUGAGGUGUGCUGCUGGGGGACAGAAGCAGAGCUCAGUCUGUCAGGGUGGUGGCAUAUGUAUUCCUGACUGCGCUGCUUGCUUUGUCUGAGGAUGGAAUUCCUAGAACAGAAAAUACUGUUGCCAUGUUUUGUGUUUUAUGAUUUCUCCAAAGCUUUGCACCCCCAACCCAGAGCCAUGUUAACACUGUCUCAGGAGCACUUCACAUGACAUUGUGAUAGGUCUUUUUCUUGGCUUAAAGAUGAGGGUAAGGGGUGGUGAGAUGGCUCAGUGGAUAAAGGUGCUUGCCCGUAAGGACCAGAGUUCCAUCCUGAGACCUACAAGGCAGAAGGAGAGAAUCAAUUCCCACAAGUUAUCCUCUGACCUCCACACACCCACACCCACACAAAAAUAAAUAAUUUUUUAAAAAGAAAGAAAAGAGAGGGCAAGGAGAGCUGCUGGGGACCCUGUGAUUUAAACCUCAAACCAGCAGGAAUCCUUGGAGUGCAAAGGAAGUAAAAAGCCUGACCCUUGCUGCCAGGGUACCUGGCUCAGAAGUAAGUUCUGCGGUUGGCCUGACCUCCCCAGAUUUAAGCCUAACCUCUUGUUUUCUUACACAGUUCUGCCUGAUAGUGGUCCAGAUAUUGCUGAAAUUUUAAAUAACAUUUCAGGAGAUGAGAGCCCUCUGGGCUCCUCCUGAAUAUGUGCUGAUGUUACUAGCACAGGGCAAUUUUUCAUGCUAGUACUCAGUCCUCUUGGUUAAUUUCUUUUUUUUUUCUUUUUUUCUUUUUUUUUUUUUUUUUGCGGGGUCAAACCUGGCACUGUGUACAUGCUAGGCAAGUGCUCUGCCCAUCACUGACCUAUAUUCCUCCAGCCCAACUUGUCACUUUAAUUUUGGUUUUGGUUUUUUUUUGUUUUGUUUUUUUAGCUCUUUUCACAUCUUAGAGACCAGUAUAGAAUCUGAAAGUAUUUCAAAAAGAUGAAAAUUUCACAGUUUAAAACAGUUCUAAAAAUCACCAGUUUAUUUACACACAGGGAUAAGGUAUCAAUUUAUAUAAUGGAAAGAACCAUUAUAUAAAUAUAUAAAGAGACACAUCUCUUCUCACUGCCUUGAGACAUGAUCAGAGAUUUCAGUCACUGCAGCACAACAAAUUGAUUGGGUGUGGGAGACAAAGCACAUCUGCAGAUAAAUUGUGUCAGCCAUAGAAACUCCAUUAACACAUAUAUUCCCCCCACCCUGUCCUUUAAAAUUAUCCAGAGAGGAAAUAUUUUGUACCUUUGGGGACUCCUAUCUAUCUGUUAUAGUUUAUGAAGAUGGGGCUGGGCUAGGAAAGAAGCAAAGGCCCAAUUUGUGGUUCAGAUGCAUUAGACAACUGCUGGGAUAAUGGAAGGGGAAGCCACUUGUCUGUGGUCAGCAGCCUGAGUGGUAGCUGAGGGUAGUCUGAGACCUGGCUCCAUCUGCAGAGGAAGUGUCUGGGGUGUGAUGAAAUCCCUAUUAUUAUGAAAUCUAAAAAGGGGACUAAGGGACCCUUGGGUAAGAGCAAUGUGAAUGCCUCAAGGUGGACUUUAUAAUCACCAUCUCUCAGGGCAAACUACUCUGAAUGAGUCUUCAGUAAAAUCACAAUAGCAGUUGUGGCUCUUGUGAAUGUUUUGAUGGAAUGUUCUUUGUGAUUAUUACUGGUAUAGAGAAAUUCUCUAGAGUUUUACAUGUGUAUAAUUAUUAUCUUUGUAUUUCUUCCUCUGGUGGACAUAGAAUGUACAUUGUUUCUUUAUAAUAAAUCUAAU